AUGUCAAAAUUUUAUUUUGAAGUUAAAUUUUAUAUAAAUUUAAAAAAAAAUGGACGAAUUGGAGGACACUUUCUGUUACGUUUAUAGUUCGUCUUUAGAACAUAGAAUACAAAUAAAAAUUGGAACGUUAGAAGGAAAACGUCAAAAACCUGAAUACGAUAAACUGUUAGCAGAUCCAAUUUUAAAGUUUUCUGGUCUAUACCAAGAAGGUACUGAUAAGUGUGCUGAUUUAAUGGUCGUUUGUCAGAUAUAUGCUGAUAAUCGUCCUUUAGGUUUACCCAUUUCCACAUCUUAUAAAUCAUUUACUUCCCGUUGGAAUUGGAACGAGUGGGUAAUUUUACCCGUACAAUUCUGUGAUAUUCCAAGAACUGCUCAAUUAACAUUAACGAUUUACGAUUGUGUGGGUCCAAAUAAAGUUCAACCCGUUGGUGGUACAACAAUCUCAUUGUUUGGAAAACACGGUGUAUUUCGCCAAGGAAUGUUGGAUUUACGAGUUUGGCCCGGCCAGAAGGCUGAUGGAUCAAAUCCAACUAAAACACCAGGCAAAACAAAGGAUAAUGGUAAAGAACAAAUGCAACGAUUAUCGAAAUUAACGAAAAAACAUCGUAAUGGUCACAUAAAUAAAAUUGAUUGGUUAGAUCGUUUAACAUUUCGUGAAAUCGAAAUGAUUAACGAAAAAGAAAAACGUAAUUCAGACUAUUUAUAUUUAAUGGUAGAAUUUCCACGUGUUUUUGUUGAAAAUGUUCCACAUUAUGUUGUCUAUUAUGAACCAGAUGGCGAUGAAAUUUAUCAAUUUCGUUCACAAGCUGAUAUGGUUACAGUACCAGAUCCAGAAAUAUUACAGGAAAAUUUGGUUGAAAGCAAACACCAUAAAUUGGCUCGAUCACUUCGAAGUGGUGGCAACGACAAAGAUACUAAACCUAACGCCGAUGUACGUGACAUGCUUAACGCAAUCGUAGCAUAUCCAGCCACUGUACAACUGUCAAACGAAGAACAAGAUUUAGUAUGGAAAUUCCGUUUCUAUUUAUCGAAUCAAAAGAAAGCCUUAACAAAAUUCUUAAAAUGUGUCAAUUGGAAGGUAUCCGGUGAAGUACGUCAAGCUUUGGCUAUGCUCCAACAAUGGGCACCAAUGGAUGUAGAAGAUGCUUUAGAAUUAUUAAGUCCGAAUUUCACGCAUCCUGUCGUACGAAGAUAUGCCGUUUCACGGCUUAAACAAGCACCAGACGAAGAUUUAAUGUUAUAUUUAUUACAAUUAGUUCAAGCUUUAAAGUAUGAAAACUUUGAUAUAAUUAACGAAGGAUUUCUUCGAAUUAAACCUACGAACGACGAAUACGAUAAAAAAUUUGAUCCACUCAUCGAUCCAGCUCUAAUUAAAUCGAAUAGCUACAAUAAUAACGUAACCGCUGAUCAAUUAGCGAAUUCGAUGAUUAACAGUGUAAUAGAAGUGCCAAGCGAAAAGAAUUUACUAGAAAAUCCACAAAUUAAUUUAAUCGAUCAUGAUUCUGGUAACACGGAUACUUUACUCGGUGACACAAAUACGGAAAAUGAUAAUGAUAUCGAUGAUCCAAAUACUGCGUGUGAUUUAGCCGCAUUUUUAAUACAACGCGCAUGUAAAAAUUCAACGUUAGCUAAUUACUUUUAUUGGUAUUUAUUAAUUGAGUGCGAAGAUCAAGAACCGACCACGCACGUGGCAAAACAAGAUAGUAAAGUGAAGGAAAUGUAUUUAACAGUCAUGCGAACAUUUUCACAAACAUUAAUGAAAGGUAACCCCGAUUGGCAACAUCGUCGAACGAUUUUAACGAAACAGCAAAACUUUAUACAUAAUUUAGUUAAAUUGGUUAAAACGGUUUCAAGAGAACGUGGUGAUCGUAAGAAAAAAUGUGAGAGAUUACAACAGUUAUUAGCCGAUACGGAAACAUUUAAAUAUAAUUUUGUUAAUUUUGAUCCAAUUCCAUUCCCACUGGAUCCUGAUGUACAUAUUAAAGGAAUUAUUCCAGAAAAAGCAAGUUUAUUCAAAUCGGCGUUAAUGCCAUCGAGAUUAACGUUCUUAACGACGGAUAACAAGGAAUAUGUUGCCAUAUUUAAACAUGGCGAUGACUUGAGACAGGAUCAAUUAAUCUUACAAAUGAUUACGUUGAUGGAUAAGUUAUUACGAAUGGAAAAUCUCGAUUUGAAGCUGACACCCUAUCGAGUACUCGCAACAUCUACAAAACAUGGUUUCCUUCAAUAUAUUGAAUCAAAAACAGUGGCGGAAGUAUUAAAUACUGAAGGUUCAAUACAGAAUUUCUUUCGAAAACAUCAUCCUUCAGAAACGGGUCCAUAUGGUAUCGCACCGGAAGUUAUGGACACGUAUGUACGCUCCGUGGCUGGAUAUUGUGUGAUCACGUAUUUAUUAGGUGUUGGCGAUCGACAUUUAGAUAAUUUAUUGCUAACGAAAAAUGGGAAAUUAUUUCAUAUUGAUUUUGGUUAUAUUUUGGGACGUGAUCCAAAACCUUUGCCACCACCGAUGAAGCUUAGCAAGGAAAUGGUUGAAGCGAUGGGUGGGCCACAAUCAGAACAUUAUCAAGAAUUUAGGAAACAAUGUUAUACGGCAUUCUUACAUUUACGAAGACAUUCAAAUUUAAUGUUAAAUUUAUUCUCAUUAAUGGUUGAUGCCAGUGUACCAGAUAUUGCAUUAGAACCUGAUAAAGCUGUACGAAAAGUUCAAGAUAAGCUACGUUUAGAUUUAGGUGAUGAAGAAGCUAUUUUAUAUUUACAAAGUUUAUUAGAUAUGUCUGUAACGGCUGUAAUGGCUGUACUUGUUGAACAUAUACAUAAAUUUGCACAAUAUUGGCGAAAAUAAAUAAAUACCUACAAUCAAAAUCAUUUAUAACGACAUUUAACAACUAUCUUCUGUGAGAAAUGUGAUUAAUCGCCAAUUUGGUGAGUCUUUCACUAAAAAUCAACUUCUUUGCCUCAAUACGACUCGCUAGUGUUCCAACUUCUCUUUUACGAUCCAAUUUUCAUUUAUCCUCGAAGAAGGGUAAUUUUAAUGAGAGAAAAAUACCAAAUGAACUCCCUAGUAAAAUAAUAAUUCCUUGAUUAGUAACCAUUCCUUGAUUUAUUAAAUUACGAAGUAUCUUGUCAUAAGAAUGACACGCUUAGGUGAAAGGAGCUUCAAUCUCUUAAACAUCAGGGUGGUCUGGUAUCCUCGAUUGGAAAUUUGACAUGUCAAGGACGCACUUCGAGUCUUAAAUAGCGCAACUUAAAGUUCACUUCUUUGCCCUUAAAAUGAGCUCUGGUAGAACCCAAAAGUGUCAAGGGAUAAGAAUAUUACAGCCUGGAAAUAUUGUGUAUUUUUAACGAAAUAAAAAAUAUUGCGUUUUUAUAUUUUCGGCGUAUAUUUGUAUAACCAUUCAGUCGAGAUCUUGUUAGAUCGUCUUAAAAACCGCUUCGUAAUUAUAAGCGAUGUCGCUAUAACCGAUUUUGACUGUAAAUAAUACGAUUCUUUUUGUUUGUUUGUUUGUUUUUUUUUGUAUAGACCUUUUCAUUUUAAAUAAUGAUUCUGUUUUGUUUCGGGUCGUAUAUCAAAAAACUAUUCAAGUAAAGAAAUAUCAAAUUUAUUAACAUUGUUUGACAAAGAUGAAAUAUAUGAAAUUUUUUGCCCGAAACAAAGAGCGAAUCGGUGAAUAAGACUAUUGUGAUCUUGUAAUUAUUAAAAUAAAAGAUGUUUAUUUUUAGUUAAUUUUAUAUUUAAUUAUCGAUUAUUUUACGGGAAUCAAUAAAUACUGUUUCUAAAA